UCUAUAAGAGACAUCAGAUCACAGCAAGACAUGCAGAACUCCAAGAUGAUCACUGCAACUUUGGUUCUUCUCACUGCAGUGGCCACUACUGCCUUUGAUAUUUUGCCAAAGGAGUUGGGGAACUUCUAUUUGGGCCAAGCUGCUUUUCUUGAGGUUUUCCAGUCUGAGCAGGCAACAGAGAACUAUGCUGACCAGUUCACCCUGUAUAUCUCCAACUUCAACCCUCUUUCUCUUGCACAGAAAGAUUAUAUUUACUACAUCAAGUCUCCUGGGAGUCAGUUAAAUGAUGUCAACAACUGGGUGCCAACAAAAAUAGAUCAAGAAAACUAUUGGCCAAAUGAUCUCUAUUUUAUGAGCAGUUCUAUAGUGGGUCGGGAGGGAAUAAUUUGGACAUCAGGUUUUCUUGUACCCACCAAAACGAAAGGUUGUUUGAACAUCUACUUCACUGAUCAAGAGCCAUUUGAUGGACCAUAUAAUAUUGCUUCAUUAGAUGAUCAAGACUAUUCUUACCAUCGAAUAAUUUGGAGAGAUGUUAAUGGUGAUGGCCUUUCAGAUGCUGUGACUGCUCGUUUCCACACUGGACUCUUAGGCAGUGUAACAAAACAGUUCCUGUGGCUUGAGAAUCCAGGUAACAGUCAGUUGGAAGGAUGGACUCAGCAUAUGAUAAACGAAGAUGGAGCUGAUAUACAUUUUCAGAUUGAGCAAUUGCCAGUUGGUGGAACAGCCUAUGAUGUCCAGCUCAAUGGUGAAUUCUGGAAUGAAAAGGUCACAAUAUACUAUGGAACUGACAAUGCAAAUUUCUGGCAAAACCCUUCUGUGUUACAAGAAGUGGUUGUAGAUGAUACAAUCGGUCAACCUUUUGAUUUAUAUUACUGGGAUAUUAACCUUGAUGGUGUAAAAGAAAUAAUUGUUACUGCCUAUAAUGGCAGCUAUGGAAAUGUUUUUGCUUAUACAGUACCAGAAGACUUCAGAACAGGAACAUUUGAGAGACACACACUUGCUGAAGGAUUUGAGGCUAAUUUCAUUCUGGGAGGUCAGUCUAUGACACCUGGUGCUGCGCACUUGUUUUACAUCUCUGACGAACAUGAGCAGUCAGGGGAAAAGCCAUAUAUACUUUUGUCAGGUGAUGAUGAUGGAAAGCACUAUAUUCUCACAGCAGCAAGUCAAGACAAAAAUGACUGGAGCUAUGAGAAAAAUGUUUAUUUGGACACAAAAGCUACUACAACAGGCAAAUCAGUUGUAGCUGACUUGGAUGGUGAUGGUAAGAAAGAAAUUGUUGCAGCUGCCUACAGUGCUGGCAGAGUAUAUGUUUAUACUUAUGGAGAUGUGUAAUAAUGUCCACUAUUUCAUACUGACAAUAAGUAAUGCAACCGUGUAAAGUAAUACACACUAGUCAGUAUUCAAUGUACAAUUAUCAAUAUAGUAUAUUUAUUAUCAUUUGAUCCAAUACCUUUUUGUGUUAAGUUGUGAUUUGGAUUAUUUUGUCAAAUCUUUUGUGCAUUUUGUGUUUUCUUAAAAAUGAAUUCUACAUUUCUGCAAGUUCAUCAGAGGUAGCAAACAGCUGUUAAAAUACUGUUGCUAUAUUGCAUGUAUUAUAAAAGUUGAUGUUUCAAAAGUUAUUAAAAACUUAUUAAAACUUGGA